GAUGUGUCUGUGUAGUGUAUGAGAGAGGAAGAAGAGGAGGAGGAGGGAGCUGAAGAGGCAGGGAGGUGUGCUGCUGUUGGAGAAAAUCCACUCCAGACAGAUGCAUUUCCUCCGCUCCAGCUCGACCGGGAGGCAGCUUUAAAACUUCAGCUCACAACUUUUUCUCUCUGUCUGCACACUGACUCAACUAGAGAGAGGAGGAAGCUCUCCAGACCUCUGCAGGCUCAUCCUUUUCUUCUCUCUGCCUGUGAGACUUCUAAAAAAAAGAACCUCAACGUGUGGAGACCUUACACGGCUGAAUCUGUGCAUCUGCAGGUCAGAUGUUUGCUGCAUAGUCGUCUUUUUGUAAGAUUCAGAGCUUCUCCUGCAGAGUCACCGGACACAUGAGGGCUGAGGUGUUGGUGGUCUGGCUCGGCGUGAGCCUGUGCGGCGCUCUGGUCUGCGCCGGAGAGGAUGUGGAGGAGGAUAAACUCUCAGGGGGUCGGGUUCAGGUGAGAGAAACCAGAGCAGCGGUGGAGACGGACGGGAGGCAGAGGGAGGAAGAAGCGGGGGUGGAAAUGUCAGACGAGCCGGCUGAGGUGGUGGAGGAGGAGCCGACCAAACCAAAGAGGAAGAAAACACCUGAGGAGGUCGAGGCAGCCAGAGCAAAGAAAGCCGCAGAGAAGGAAGCCAAAGCAAAGAAGCAGAAAACCCCAAAGCCUACAAAGAAGCCCAAAGCACCCAAGCCCACCAAAAAACCCAAACCACCAAAACCAACCAAGAAGCCAAAGGCGCCCAAAGCCACCAAGAAACCCAAGACGACGACGACGGUCCAGACAGACAUCAGGCGUCCGUCUCUGGAGGAGGAGGAGGAGAAGCUGAUGAUUGAACUGGGCUGGGACACACUGUUUCGACCUGUGACCCCAAAGAGUCCUGAAACCUGGGUGGAGCCUGUUGAACCGGACCUGGUCGACACCUCAAAGAAGACGAUGUCUCCAACAAACCCUCUCGGCCCGCCUGAUGCAGACUACUGGGACGCCGGACUUGAGCUGCCGGGUGGAUUCCCACGAAAAGAAGCUGCAACCACAGAGGUCAUCAUGUACAUACCAGAGGAAACCACAGUCGUCCCGUUUGUCGGCCCGUGGUAUGAGGAAUAUGAUUACGGUGACAUCCUCGCCAAAAAACAAGAAGAAGAGGAGGAGAGAGCGAGGAAAGAGAAGGCGGAAAAAGCUGAGCGGCUGAGGAAGCAGUGGGAGGAGGAGGAGGAGGAGAGGCUGAGGCAGAUGUCAGUGCCUGUGGAACCCAAAAAGUGUCCUCCUCUGGGGAUGGAGUCUCACCGGGUGGAAGACGACCAGCUGCUGGCCUCCUCUCAGUCCCAUCACGGGUUCGCGGCUCAGAGAGGACGACUCAACAUGCAGGGCUCUGAUAACGAAGAAGACCUGUACGGUGGAGCCUGGUGUGCAGAGCCAGAGGAGACCAUCCACUGGUUUGAGGUGGACGCCCGCCGUGAGGUGGAGUUCACGGGGGUCAUCACUCAGGGGAGAAACUCAGAGACCGUGGAGGAUUUCGUGUCCACGUACUUUGUGGCCUUCAGUAACGACAGCCGUGAUUGGACGACGCUGCAUGACGGCUACGCUGAAUGGUUGUUUUACGGGAACGUGGAUAAAGACACGCCAGUGAUGAGUCAGUUCACGGCUCCUGUGGUCGCACGCUACAUCCGCAUCCUGCCUCAGAGCUGGAACGGCAGCUUGUGUUUGAGAGCCGAGAUCCUCGCCUGUCAGCUACCCAGCAGCCACCACAGUGAGAAUGAAGUCACCCCCUCAGACGACCUGGACUUCAGACACCACAACUACAAGGACAUGAGACAGAUGAUGAAGGUGAUAAACGAGGAGUGCCCCAACAUCACCAGGAUCUACAACAUCGGGAAGAGCGCGCAGGGCCUGAAGAUGUACGCCAUGGAGAUCUCCGACAACCCCGGAGAGCACGAGACGGGUGAACCUGAAUUUCGGUACACAGCCGGUCUUCACGGUAACGAAGCCUUGGGUCGAGAGCUUCUUCUCCUUCUGAUGCAGUUCCUGUGCAAAGAGUACAACGAUGAUAACCCCAGAGUGCGCCGCCUGGUGGACGGAGUCAGAAUACACCUUGUGCCUUCGCUGAACCCAGAUGCUUACGAGCUCGCCUUUGAGAUGGGCUCAGAGAUGGGGAACUGGGCGUUGGGUCACUGGACUGAAGAAGGUUACGACAUCUUCGAGAACUUCCCAGACCUCAACAGCAUUUUAUGGGGCGCCGAGGAAAGAGGCUGGGUCCCUCGUAUCGUACCUAACCAUCACAUCCCGCUCCCUGAAAACGCCCUGAACGGCUCUCUCGCUACUGAGACUAAAGCCAUCAUCUCUUGGAUGGAGCGCACACCGUUCGUGCUCGGUGCCAAUUUACAAGGAGGAGAAAAACUGGUCGCGUACCCCUUUGACAUGCAGCGUCCGCCCAUCUCUCUAACGGAGAGCCGGCGUUGGAGAAUGAACACCGAGAUGAACGAGGAGACGUGGGCUCGCAUUCAGCGGCAGAACGAGGGCGCUCUGAGGGAGACGGCCGACGACGCCAUGUUCCGAUGGUUGGCCAUGUCGUACGCCCACAGCCAUCUGACCAUGACGGAGACGUACCGGGGAUCCUGUCACGGUGAUGAUGUCACCGGAGGGCAGGGCAUCGCCAACAGAGCCAGCUGGAAACCAGUGGUCGGCAGCAUGAACGACUUCAGCUACCUGCACACCAACUGCUUUGAGCUGUCCAUCUUCCUGGGCUGCGACAAGUUUCCUCAUGAGAGUGAACUUCCCCUCGAGUGGGAGAACAACCGCGAAGCUCUGCUGUCCUUCAUCGAACAAGUGAACCGAGGGAUUAAAGGUGUAGUGAGGGACGUGGAGGGAAAUACGCUAGCUAACGCCACCGUAUCCGUGGAGGGAAUACGUCACGACAUCAGGACCGCACCAGGUGGCGAUUACUGGCGUCUGCUGAACCCGGGGGAGUACAGAGUCACCGCCAAAGCCGAGGGCCACACCCCUCAGACCAGACUGUGCAUGGUGGGCUACGACUCCGGAGCCUCUCCCUGCAGCUUCACGUUAGCCAAAUCCAACUGGGACCGCAUCAAACAGAUCAUGGCGCUCAACGGCAACCGGCCCAUUCGAGUCGUCCCUAAAGUCACCGUGGUGAAAACGACUCCGGCCAGCACGGUCGCCAGCACUACAGACGGGCACGCCGCCGCUCAGAGAGCAGAGCGACUCCGGCGGCUCAGGAUCAUUCGUCUACGGAGGCUGCGUCAGCAGAGAUUACGAGGAGGGUUAAGCCCCAUUCCUACAACAACAACAACAACGACGACUACAACAACAACGACAGCGCCAACAACGAUACCAAAAACAGAGACAACGACCUCCUGGUACGACUCCUGGUUUCCUGUGGACAGCUGGUCGACUGAGAACCCGUUCGAUAGCAUCAACUUCGACUCCGGGCCCACGCAGGACUAUCCCUUUGAGUUCACCAUCGAUUGAUCGCCACACUCAGUGACACAACAUCUACGCUCCACAGAGACCCUCACUAACCGCUUCACUUUGAUCCAACAUCACAGCUUUCAAGACGAACGUUUUAACGAUGGAGGCGUCACAAAGGUUUUAAUUUAGGUAUUCUUAAACAUAGUUCUGGUCUUAAUGGAUCCAAGGGUAGAGAAAGUUUUGUAAGUGCUCCGGUAGAUUACUUCAGUGUGUCAUCAUGUCGCUGACGGUUGCAGAUUGUUAUUCUGAGUGUCUGGUACAACAUGAAGCGACUACAUGACUCUUUAUAAUCUUAAAUGUUACCUUCCAGAUCACAGGAGUUGCUCAUCUACUCCUGAGAGUCUUCGGUGUUCUAAAUUGUUAGACAUACUAAUGUGUCUCACCGUGACGGCUGAUUUAAAAAUGAUUCUUGCACACAGCUUCAGAAAAGUAGACCCUCAGAUUCCACGGUCGAUAACGCCCAAGUGGGAAUUCAUCUCAGCCUCUUCGCGGUACAAAUUAUCGUCAAAGUGAACAUUUCUAUCGAAGGUAACGCAACAUAAGGGGAUGUUUAUUCUGCUUUCAUUAAUGCUAUCUAGUGGUUGUGAAGAAAGCAGCUGUUUUAAGUCUCAAGAAGAAUCAAACCAGUAAUCAGUAGAACAACAACAUGAACUUGUCGUCUGCAUAAAGGAGCACCUUAAGUGGGACCGUACUCAGGGUUCCCACUCUUUUCCAGAGAUCAUUUUCCAGGACAUUUUCAUUGAAGAUCAAGUUGUUAUAAAAGUCUAAAUUUUGUUCCUAAUUUAAUUCCUAAAUAGUCUAAUAUGUUCCUCUCAGUGGAAGUCUACAUUGAAGAAAUGCAGUCUAUGGCUAUCCAUGAAAUCAUCUCUUACAUGAUUAAAAAUGAUGGCAAAUUAAUUAUAGAAUAAUGCAACCACAGAUGUACAGCACUUCACUUUAUUAGUGCAACCAAGUAACAAUGAUGGGCAACAUCUCAGCUUUCUCUUUUCUGGAAAAAUAUAAAAUUAGCAAAGUAUAAAACUAAAGAGACAGCAAAGGACUCUGGAAGCUGCCUUACUGAAAUAAUAAAUAAUAAUAAUAAUCAGAGGAUCAGAGCAUUAAUGACCUAAAUAGAACUAAAUGACAAAAAUGGCCACAAAUGUUGAAUGGGGAUGUGUUUUUUUAACCUUGUUAGAUCACACACAGUCAUGUUGGAAUCAUUUUCCAGGACAUUUUACUUUUUCUCCCAUUUUCCAGGCGUUUUCCAGUACUGGAAAACUGGUCAACUGUUUUCCAGGUUUUCCAGGACGAGUGGGAACCCUGCGUACUUGCAUUCAGCACAUUUAGAAGCAAUCCCAAAACUUUGUAUACCUCUCAUGCAUUUAGACCCAAACCAGGUUAAAUCAGACCGAUGUUGAAGAUGUCAGAUACAAAUGGAACGUCAACAAAAACAGAGAAUGGAUCCUAGCGUGAGUUUCUGCUGAGCAGAGACAUUCAGGACACAUUAAAAUGAGCCUCAUAUAUAAAAACACACUCAGUACUUCACAAAGUUAUUAUAAAGGUACGUCACAUUUUAAAUGUAUGGUUUUUAUGUUCAGUUGAAAGCUUUGAUUAAAUGAAGUUAUUUUCUAAAUCA